AUCUGUGUAUGAGAUUGAAUCAGAGGAGCAACAGAGGAGCAUAAUAUUUUGUUUAAAAAUAAAAAUUCUCCUUAGCAUUGUGUUUACUAAUAAAGUAAAACGCAAUAAGAAGUGUUUUCUCUAAAGUAUAGUUAUUUUCAAGUGUUAAAUUUACAGUGUUUUUCACGACAGUGGUGAUUUUUAAUACAAAUGCUAUAUUUGUAGGUUAGGUUUUUUCAGUCACGAUGGCGGAUAAGGCCAUUAUGAAGCAAAUUACUGAGCAAAAGCUCAAGGCGUUUUCCAUCGGCACAAUGGGAAAACGACCUCUCAGUAAAAAAGAAUUGGAAGAACAACGAAAAAAAGAACAAGAACAAGCUGCAGCGCAGGCUUUUGAAGAAUUUGUCGCAACAUUUCAAGACACUCCAAAUAAGCCAACUAAUAAAGUUUGGGUAAAAGCCGGUACUUACGAUGCUGGAAAAAGACAGGAAGAUACGAGAGAAAAGGGCAAACUUUAUAAACCUCAGUCGAAAAUAUCAGAAAUGGUUGACAAUAGAUCGUCAGCGGAACAAGCGCAAGAAUAUGCGAGGCUCCUUGGUUCGAAUGAGAGGAAAAUUGAUAGACUUGGUAAAAAGAAGAAGGAAGGCGAAAAGAAAAAGAGUAAUUUAGAAUUAUUUAAAGAGGAACUUAAAAUGAUACAAGAAGAAAGAGAGGAAAGACAUAAAUAUAAAGGAGUCGUGAAAACAGUUUUAACCACAUCUUCGGAAGAUCCGAUGAUGGCAGCUUUAAAAUGCGUAGAAGAUGGCUCUUUUGACAACGGAGAUCCCAAUACUACAAAUUUAUAUCUGGGGAAUUUGAAUCCUAAGAUCACAGAACAACAGUUAAUGGAGAUUUUUGGAAAAUUUGGCCCAUUGGCUAGUAUAAAAAUAAUGUGGCCCCGUAGCGAUGAAGAAAAAGCUAGACAAAGAAAUUGUGGUUUCGUUGCGUUCAUGAGCCGUAGAGAUGGAGAGCGAGCGCUGAAAAAUUUAAACGGUCGAGAUAUAAUGCAAUAUGAAAUGAAGUUGGGCUGGGGUAAAAGUGUGCCAAUACCGCCAUAUCCCAUUUACAUUCCGCCUGCUUUAAUGGAAAUAACGCAGCCACCACCGCCUUCUGGACUUCCAUUUAAUGCUCAACCUCAUCGUCGCGACAAGCACAAGAUACCACGUAUUCGCAACCACCAGACCUUGGAGCCGCAGGAGAAGGAAAACUUUGAAAAGAUUUUGCAGAAUGCAGUUGUCAAAGUGGUUAUUCCGACGGAAAGGAACUUAGUCAUGUUGAUACAUAGAAUGGUGGAAUUUGUCAUUCGAGAGGGACCCAUGUUUGAAGCAAUGAUUAUGAAUCGAGAAAUAUCAAAUCCCAUGUUUCGAUUUUUAUUUGAAAACUAUUCACCGGCACAUACUUAUUAUCGUUGGAAAUUGUAUUCCAUUCUUCAAGGAGAUUGUCAAAAAGAAUGGCGAAUUGAAGAUUUUAGAAUGUUUAAAGGAGGAAGCGUUUGGAGACCUCCGCCAAUCAAUCCAUGGACUCAGGGAAUGCCAGAGGAAUUAAUUGAAAUUGAAGAAAGACAAGAGCCUAGAAGGGGGAGUCUGUCAAACAGUCAAAGAGAUCGUUUGGAAGAUUUGUUGCGUAAUAUUUCUCCUGAACGAAUAAGAGUUGCAGAAGCAAUGGUAUUUUGUAUAGAACAUGCGGAAGCAGCUGAAGAAAUUUGCGAUUGUAUCACAGAAUCUCUUUCAAUUUUGCAAACACCUGUGAACAAGAAGAUAGCCAGACUCUAUCUUAUUUCUGAUAUUUUGCACAACUGUGGCGUUAAAAUUACAAAUGCCACAAUCUACAGAAAAGCGUUCGAAUCACGCCUGCUGGAAAUUUUUAAUGAGGUUCAUCAGGCUUAUAAACAAUUUGACAGUAGAUUAAAAGCAGAAGGAUUUAAAGUUCGUGUGAUGCGAAUGUUCAGAGCUUGGGAAGACUGGGCUGUUUAUCCUCGAGACUUUCUUGUCAAACUUCAAAAUUCCUUCCUUGGACUUGUUAUGCCAGAAGAACCGGAAAAGGAACACGACGAAGACAUCGAUGGAGCACCACUUUCGGAUACAGAUGCAGAAGCAACUGAAGAUUUGGACGGCGUUCCUCUUGAUGGUGCGGCUCUUCUGAAAGGCGCCAUAAAACUUGGCCUCACACCUCAACCAGGUUCCCAUUACGAUGACAUUGACGGAGUACCGAUGGAUGAAGACAUUGAUGGUAUUCCGAUGGACGACGAAGACAAUGAUAAUGCAAAAUCUAAAGAUGAUGAUAAAAAAUCAGCAAUGCCUGCAGGAUUCGUUCCAUCGAGAUGGGAAACUGUCGAUCCAGAUCAGAUCGAGGCACAGGCAAUGACGACAAGUAAAUGGGAGGAAUUAGAACAAAACGAUGAUUCAAAUUCACAAGAUGCCAGUAUGGAUUCAAGUAGUAACGAUAACAAGAAUAUUUCUAUGCACCUAAAUUCUAGCAGCCGUGAUUAUAAUGAAGAAAGAAGAAAUCGACUGCGCGAAAUUGAAGUCAAAGCCAUGCAGUAUCAGGAUGAAUUGGAGAGCGGAAGAAGGUCCAUUAAAGGCGGAAUGACCAUUCAAGCCCAGGUUGAACAUUAUCGAAAAAAAUUAAUUAGAAAGAGUGAAAGAGAAAUGAAAGAAAGAAAAAGUGAAGACCGUGAAGAUGAGAGACGAAGGGAGAAAAAGCGAAGUGUUUCCCCGGACUCGCCAGUUCAUUACAGAGACAGAAGAAGAAAUUCACCUAGUCCUCCUCCAAAAUCUUGUAGUCGUUACAGGUCACGCAGUCGAUCACCGCGCAGCAAACGCAGAUCGCGAUCGCCGCAUAAGAAGCGAAAUAAUCCAGUGGUGACACCAUCGCCGCCUCGAAUUCGAAGAACACCUUCGCCUCCGUUUUCCUCGCGAUCAUCGCGCAGAUCACCAGUCAGUGAACGAAGCGAUAGAAAAAGACGAAUUCGAUCGCCAUCGAUGUCACCGCCUCCACCGCCAAGAACAUCGUCGAAACAUAGAUUGAGCAGUCCACCGUCACCAUCGCCCAGGAAACACAGACAUAAGCACAAAUAUUAAAUUUUCUCUCCAAUUUUUAUUCAAGAUUGAAUUGUGAAAUCAAGGUAAAGUAAAGUGUCUUUUUAACAAUCUUCUUAUAGAAGGUUAUUCACUUUUUUUUAAGACUUAUACAACGUGAAGUGAAACUCAAGCAUAAUUCUGUUCUAAUUUAUACUGUCUUUAAAUAUUGUAGAUUACACAGUCACACAUGUAUAAACUUUCAGGAAUUUUCUUCAGACUUUCCAUUUCGACAGAAAUAAGAUAAUUAUUGUACAUUGUUAAUUUUUUAUUUAAACUACAACAAAGCACGUUUGUUGUACUGAAUUUACAAAAAUUUUCGUGUUACCUUUUAGAGUGACACUAAAAAUUUUGUAUUCUAUUUGUAAAUUGCUUCGAUGAGAGAACUUUUUUUUUUUAUCAAUUUGGUAUAAUUAUCAACGGAAUAUUUACAUUUUUUAUUUCAUCGUCGCAUAAACUCAAAAAAAAAAAAAUACGUUU